CGGGGAGCCGAGAGCCGAGAGCUGAGUGGCGGCCGUCAGUGUCGGUCGGUGUUUUUGUUUUCCUUCUUUCGGCUCCAGUUUGUCCCUCACACAAUCCGGUUACCAGGGCAACCGGCCGGGCAACAACGGUGUUUCAUUAUCAUGGCUUCAACACAGUGUGACCCUCAGCUACUUCUGGAGGAACAAGUGCGCAAAUUGUCAGAAGAACUUGCUCAGUGUCAGGCUGACAAAGAAUUUGUGUGGUCAUUGUGGAAGCGUCUACAGGUAGCAAACCCUGAUCUCACGCAGGCCAUCAGCUUGGUUCUGGAGAGGGAAAAACAGAAAGCCGAAGCCAAGGACAGGAGAGUCUUGGAGAUUCUCCAAGUGAAAGAUGACAAGAUACAUGAACUUGAGCAGCAGGUUAGAUGCCAACAGAAGGAAAUAAACAACUUAAUUCAGCGGAAAAUUGCUGUCAAUGACAACAUUAUAUCAGUGCAGAAGGAAGUAACUGAUCUGAAGGAAAAACUUAAGAAUAAAAACCAGGAUUAUAAGGACGCUAAGGAAUGUGCUCUGAAGGUCGAGGAGAAAACCAGCUUGCUUCUGAAAAAUCUGGAGGAAGAAAAGCAGGGAUUAAGCACACGCUGCUCUGACCUGCUAAAUGACCUGGAGAAACAAGCAGCCCAGUGGAAGGAAGAGAAGUCUGACAUUGACUCCAAAGUAAAGAUGUUGGAGGAUGAGUUGAAGGAAACCAGGAAUCAAGUGCAAAACAUGCACAACAAAUGUAAUGAAUUAUCAUCCCACCUUGUGCAUCAGCAGUCAGAACUGACACGAAAGGAUGUUGAAGUGACUGAGUUCAGGAAGGAGUUGCAAGACCGACAGUGUCUGUACAAAGAAAGCAUUGAACACGCAGCCCAGCAAGCUGAAGUCAUCCAGCAGCUACAGGCCCUCAACCUGGAUACACAGAAGGUGCUGAGAAAUCAGGAGGAUGCUCAUGCCUCGGAGACUAAGACUUAUCAAAAGCACUACAGUGAGCUGAGCAUGCGUUAUGAUGCAUUAAAAUCCAGUGAGGCUGGGCACCAUCAAAGGAAUCUUUCCUUGACGACCCAACUAUAUGAAAAGGAGCAACAAAUAAACCAGCUUCUUGGAAAGCUACAACAGGCUUUAGAUUCUAAACAAACUGCAACACACAAGACUACUGCUAAUUGUUUGGAGCAGCAGAUGCAUCAUGAUUCCUCCAGUGAUUUAGAAUACCUAGUUACUACUCAGAGAGCUGAGAUAAAGUUAUUGAAGGAGAACCUGAAAGAAACAAGUGGAAAAUUAAUGGAACGUGUUGCUGAUGACAAACUACUGGAGCUAAAGUUUGCUGCUAGAGAACAAAAAAGGCAAAAGGAUCCAUCUGUGAAACGUUCCAGAUCUCUCUCUCCAAGGAGCUGCACUGGACAAACAGAUGAACUGAUGACGUUAAAUAAAACACAACAGAAGAUUAAGAGCCUUGAGAAACUUUUAAAACUGAAGGACCAAGAGAAUGAGGAAUUGAGGAGAGCUCAUGACCAGCGACUGGAACGUCUACAAGCUUUACAAAACAACUACAGAAUGCUUAAGGGCCAACUAAAAGAGCUGGAAGGGGGACAAAUCAAAAAUAAAAGCAGCAAAAACAAAAUGCAACGUGCUGAGCCCUGGCAGCUGCGGCAGGAAGACAGCGAUGGUGUAUGGAACGAACUAGUGUACUUCAAACGGGAACACAAAAAGCUAUUGACUGAAAAUAUGAACCUUGAAGAAGAGCUGGACCAAUUGAGGGUGCAGGCUGCUAUGGACAAAGCCACCAUUCAGGAACUGACCAUAUGCCUGCAAUGUGAGCGAGAAGAGCUUCUUUUCAGACUUGAUAGAGAUGAAGGAGUGAAAUACAGCACACCCAAGACCAAGACAAAAGAAAAGUUGGAGCAGUCAUUAAAGAAGAUCAGCCAUUUGGAAAAGAAGUUAAAAACUAUCCAGAGGGAAGCCAAAGACCUGAAAGAAACAAACAAAGAGUUGACCCAAGCCAAAGCUUCAUUGAAAACUGCCUACAGCAAUCUUCAAACUAAAUUUGACAACCAAGUUAUCGAAAUAGGAGAACUGAUGAAGGCAAAUCAACAAAUUAUGGGAGAGAAAAAUGAGCUAGCUGCAAUGAUAGAAGAAUUGAAAACAGAAGCUGCCUCUCUACAGAGGCAAAUGACAGACAGAAUAAAGCUGAGAAAUGAAAAUGAGGAGUUAUUACAGAAAAUACACGAGCUGCAGGAAGCACUUGAGUCUAAGACUGUUGUCACCAAAACCAGAACUGCAGGUGACGGCAACUGUGCAUGCAAAACAGUGGGCUACAACCCCAGAGCAAAAAGAAGAAAAAACAAUUCCCUGAAACGGUACCAGCGUUUUCUCAACAGAUCCAUCAAGGAGAUGAGCAGAGUCUUUGAGCACUUCAAUAAGGAUGGGUGGGAAGAUAUAACUGGAGCCAGUGACUCCGAGGAGACUGCUGCUGAGAGUUUGGGAGAAUUGAUAGUGAAGACUGCUCAGCAAAGGAUUCCACCAGCAACAAGAAGUACGGCAUGUUCUGAAGAAAAGAGAAAACAAAGAAAUCGAUGGCUGAGAACAAUGAAAACUGAAACAAAGGUUGUUGUGCCACAGUUUCAAUCCAAAGUGAGGAAACAGAAGACCAGAACGCUUGCCCUUCCAAAGCAAAGUCUUUCCAUCAUUGCCUUACAGCAGCGUCUAAUAUCACUGCAACAACAAAUUGCUGUUACUCAAAAUGGAAAAAAAGUAGCCUUAAACGCUGUCAAUGAACUGAAGCAGAACAAUCAGAAAUUAACAGCCCAAUUGACUUUGGUUAACCAGAAACUUCAAAUCAACAAACAGACAAUUCAGAAGUUAACGUUUGACCUCACGGAGCAGCAGCACCUGAAGGAUGCACUGGACAAAAAGUUGAAUCAAAUGGCAGAGCAACAAGCUCCUGUCACAAGGUCAGCAGAUGAGAGUUCAUCUUCAGCUUCCAGCCGUGCUUUCACCAAUUCAGUUACACCUCACAAACCUAUGGAAACAGAACUGAAACAGCUGCAGAGUAAAUUGAAGAAUGCAACAAAUGAGAUUUCAAAGCAUUUAACUACCAUCAAAAUUCUGAAAGCUGACCACCAGGAAAAAAAUGAACAGAUUCGACAAUUACAGGAAAGGAUUGGCCGCAUGGAGAGAGAUAUCAGUAUGAAGCGGCAACUGGUGGAAGAUCUUAAAUCAAAACUGAAAGCAAACCAGGAAAAUGAUAAAAUGUAUAAGGGAUUAUUAGAGGAUAUGGAAAAGAAGGUAAGGAUACUGACUGAAGAAGGUUCUACCAGAAAGGCACUUACAGAGUCGCUAAAACAAAGACUUAAUGUUGCGACAAAAGAGAAAUCAGUAUAUGAGGAAAUGCACCGUAAGACUACUGGAGAACUGGAUAGAAAGAAUCAAAAACUGCAUGAUCUUAAAACCAAAGUAGUUGAAGCUGAAUCAGCAAUGACAGAAUUGGAAACAACAGCAUCGCAGCAGAUGCAUGGACUGGCAAUGCAAAGCGAACAGGCUCUUGGAGUCAUUCAGAAGAAGCUCAAUCUUGCUAAUGGAAGAGUGGAAGAAUUCAUUACAUUCAUUAAGGCCCUGGCCAGAGAGAUAUGCAGAGGAAUUCAGAGCAGAAGAAUCCAGUUGAAAAGGACAAACGUGAAAGAAAUAAGUCAUGAAGGCCUCUCAAAGGAGUCUAUCAAUAGAGCCCAGUCCAUGGCUGCAUCUAUUUUAAACAUUUCACAAAGUGAUCUGCAAGAUAUAUUGGAUCUUGAGGAUGAAGUGGAGACAGAAGAAAGAAAUAAAGCUUUACAAAAAGAUCAGAUCUGGCUGACUGAAAUACAGAGGAUUCUGGAAGGCCAGCUUCCUUGUGCUUCACGUUUAGUGGAAGCGGUGUUGGAAAAGAUAGCAGAAAAAGAGAAACUAGCUGAAGAAUAUGCCUUGCUCUCAAAAGAAGUAAGCUGAUACCCUUAUUUCAUUCCACCCUAGACUGAUAGGUACAAAUGGAACCAAAUCCCAUUGUAUCAUUAGAACUCACAUAGGUUUUGUAACGUUCUAUAUUAUUUCAUCAUGUGAUUAUAUUAAAAUAAACAGAAAAGUAAUUGAAACAUUUUUUAUUAGACUACAUAUUUUUUUUAUUAAAAUACAGAUUAUACAAUAACUAUAUAACACAAUCACUUACAUUCCCAAAUCGCAGCUGACAUUAUUUAUCACAUUUGGCAUCAACAAUAAAUAUUCAAUACUUUGAGUAAUUUUCUGAUGAACCUUAAAAAUGUAUUGUUUCAUUCAUUGCUGCUUGGAGUAUAGCAAUGAGCUGAAGAAACUAAAUUGCUCAAUAAAUGUUUUUUUUUUAAAUUGUGUGAAUACUACAUUUAUUUAUAAAUCAAAUUAAGGUGUGAUUGACAAAUAUUUCAUCAUCAAUUUUAAUUUUACUUAAACUUUAUAUGGUGGCUUUAUGUAUAUUUAAUAAUGAAUGUUUAAGAUUUUAUUGAUAUAAAUUAUUUUGUCAUUUUGCUAUAAGAAAAUGAAUUUGGUAUGCUUUGCAGUUUUUAAUAA